ACUAGAUUGAAUCUAUUUGCAUUAAAAAACGAUCAAAAAAGGGCGAGUGAAGUAAGUGAUCGAAAAACUUUGUUCUUUGUUCGUCCUAUCUAUAAGAGGAGAGCAUAUGAAAAAUGUAACCCAUUCUUUUGUUUUUUUAGCUCACUGGCCACCCGUUGGCAGUUUCAGGCUUCAUACCGAUAUUUUAGCAACAAAUCUAAUAAAUCUAACUGUAGUGGUUGGUGUUUUGAUUUUUUUUGGAAAGGGAGUGUGUGCGAAUUUAUUAGAUAAUCGAAAACAAAGGAUCUUGGGUACUAUUCGAAAUUUAGAAGAAUUGCGUAGAGGGACCAUUGAGCAACUCGAAAAAUCUCGGAUUCGAUUACAUAAAGUCGAACUAGAAGCGGAUGAGUAUCGAAUGAAUGGAUACUCUGAGAUAGAACGAGAAAAAGCAAAUUUGAUUAAUGCUACUUCUAUUAGUUUGGAACAAUUGGAAAAGUCUAAAAACGAAGCCCUUUAUUUUGAAAAACAAAGGGCAAUGAAUCAGGUCCGACAGCGGGUUUUCCAACAGGCCGUACAAGGAGGUCUAGGAACUCUGAAUAGUUGUUUGAAUACCGAGUUACAUUUCCGUACGAUUCAUGCUAAUAUUGGCAUUCUCGGGUCCCUAGAAUGGAAGAGAUAAUUAAAUUAAUUAGGCCUUGAACUUCUACUUUCGUUUAGAAUUUAGGCAUUAUUUUUCCCCUUGCUUCCGAAAAAAGAGUCAAGAAACACUAAUGGCAACCCUUCGAGUCAACGAAAUUCAUAAAAUUCUCC